AUGUCGCGAAACGUUCCGAGAAUCGAGAUGCCGGAAUCUGAAGAGAACGAGUUCGCGAGCUUGUCUCUGUUUUCGCCGUCAAGGGCUCCUUUAAAUUCGAUACCGGAUCCAAGUCAAAUUCAGAAGGCGAAUCAUCUAUCGGAUUCCGAUUUGGUUCAGAAAUUGGAAAGUAUUACAAGAACGCAGCACAAUCGAAUACCGGGUACGGAGAAGAGAUUCGAAGUUUUGGAAGGCAGAGCUGGGAAUUCGAGUGGGAUGCAUGAUUCGAACCCUAAGAUUGUUAGUCGAAAUGGAAAAUCUCGGUCGGAGCCAAACUCUGCGCAGAAUACGCCGACUAGGAACGGUGCUAGGGUUUCUCUUGGUGGAGGUUGUGCUACGGGCGCUAGAGUUGCUCAGUAUUUUGGAGGAAGAGGAACGAGCUUACUCUCGAGGAUUCCGAGGGGGAUUUCGAUGGCUGAUUCGGUUAGCUCUGCGGAAACAACUCCACAUUUUGAGCUCAAUGAAGACCAUUCGUUUUGGAAAGAGCACAAUGUGCAGGUUUUGAUAAGGCUGAGACCACUAAGUACAAUGGAGAGGGCAACUCAAGGAUAUGGUAAGUGUUUAAAACAGGAGAGUCCACAAACAUUGGUCUGGUUAGGCCAUCCAGAGACCAGGUUCACGUUUGAUCACGUUGCAAGUGAGACAAUUUCCCAGGAAAAACUAUUUCGCGUUGCUGGUCUGCCCAUGGUGGAGAAUUGCUUGUCUGGUUACAAUAGCUGUGUGUUCGCCUACGGUCAGACUGGUAGUGGUAAGACCUAUACUAUGAUGGGAGAGAUAUCUGAGGCAGAGGGAAGCCUCGGUGAAGACUGCGGAGUUACUGCUCGUAUUUUUGAGUAUCUAUUCUCAAGAAUUAAAAUGGAGGAAGAGGGAAGGAGAGAUGAAAAACUGAAAUUCAGUUGCAAAUGUUCUUUUCUUGAGAUAUAUAAUGAACAGAUUACCGACCUCUUGGAGCCAUCGUCAACCAAUUUGCAACUCAGAGAAGAUUUGGGAAAAGGGGUGUAUGUUGAAAACCUUGUAGAACAUAAUGUGAGAAAUGUUAAUGACGUUCUAAAGCUUCUACUACAGGGAGCAGCAAACCGGAAGAUUGCAGCAACCCGUAUGAACAGCGAAAGCAGCAGAUCCCACAGCGUUUUCACGUGUACAAUCGAGAGCCUAUGGGAGAGAGAUUCUCUAACCCGUUCAAGAUUUGCCAGACUAAAUUUGGUUGAUUUGGCUGGUUCUGAGAGACAGAAAAGCUCAGGUGCGGAAGGGGAUCGUCUAAAAGAAGCAGCAAACAUUAACAAAUCCUUAUCCACUCUGGGCUUAGUGAUAAUGUCUCUGGUGGAUUUGGCACAUGGGAAACAUAGACAUGUUCCCUAUAGAGAUUCGCGACUUACCUUUUUACUGCAGGAUUCUCUAGGUGGUAAUUCUAAGACAAUGAUAAUAGCCAAUGUCAGCCCAUCUCUUUGCUCUACAAACGAAACCCUCAGCACUCUGAAGUUCGCACAACGGGCCAAACUUAUUCAGAAUAAUGCUAAAGUCAAUGAAGAUGCCUCUGGGGAUGUUACAGCACUCCAACAGGAAAUAAGAAAGUUAAAGGUCCAACUAUCCUCCCUUAUGAAGAACCAUUCUUGUGGAGCUCUUUCAGAAUGCAUAGCUUCUCUUGAAGAAUCCAGAUACUCUGGUACAUGUGAAGUACCAGGAGAAACAAAACAAGACAAGUGUCACUGUCCGGUGAAAUAUAUGAAAGAUAUAUUGAUUGGUGCUCUCAGAAGAGAAAAGAUUGCUGAAACUGCCCUUCACAAAUCCGAGGCUGAGAUUGAGCGUAUAGAUUUCUUGGUUAGAGACAUGGAAGAAGAUGCUAAAUGCAUUAAAAUAAUGCUUAAUCUUCGGGAAGAGAAAGUUGGAGAAAUGGAAUUCUCUACGUCUGGUUCGUUGAUGACAAAAGAGUGUCUCAUUGAAGAAAAUAAAUCUCUAAAAGGAGAGAUCAAGCUUCUUCGGGCAAGCAUUGACAAGAAUCCAGAGUUGACACGUCAGGCCUUGGAGAACAUCAAGCUCCGAGAGCAGCUACAUCGAUAUCAGAAGUUUUAUGAGCGUGGGGAACGAGAGGCAUUGCUUGCUGAGGUGACAGGACUACGCGACCAGCUGCUUGAUGUUUUUGGAGCAAAAGAUGAGUCCUCUUCUGAACAUGUAAUGAAGGAGAACGAAGUGGAAAAGGAGUUGGAAGACUGCAGAAACAUGAACUCUAGUUUGAUCAGAGAACUAGAUGAAAUGCAAGCAGGACUUGGAAGAUACUUGAAAUUCGACCAAACACAAUCCGACUUUGUGGCAUCUUCCACCAGUGGAGCUGAGCAGGUUCAUCAAUCACAUCAACAUUCAAUGGUAGAAACAAUGUCAACUAGAAGUGAAACCCGAGAGGAGGUGGCUUUUUCAGAGAGUAAAAACUAUGCAGUACUCAAGACUGGUGAGGGAAUAGACAAGUCAAUCCUGCAGUACAAGUUGAGGAAAGUAAUUAAGGACCUCGAGGAGGCCAGAACACUCAAUUGUCAAUAUGAAAAAGAGCAUAAGUCACAGUUAUCUCAACAACAAGAUAUUGAAGUAGUCCGUGAGCAAGUCGAGACAGAAACUGCCAGAACAAUUCUUGAGCUGCAGGAAGAGGUGAUUGCUAUCCAGUCUGAAUUUCAAAGAAGAAUCUGUAACUUGACCGAAGAAAAUCAAUCGAUGAAAGAUACUAUAACUGCUAGAGAAGCAGAAAUAAGAGCACUUAACCAAGACUGGGAAAAGGCCACCUUGGAACUAACAAAUUUUAUCGUGGAUGGGUCUAAAUCCAUCAAAGAUGCCUCUACACAGAUUGAAAGCAUAAUAUGUUCAUUUCCCCAUGUGAAUGCGUGGAUUGGUGAAUAUGUUGAGAAGGCUGCAAAAGAUUGUAUAAGAAAGGAAGAAACAAUUUUACUUCUACAGAAAAGCUUAGAGGAUGCACGGAUAUUGUUAGCAGAGAUGGAUUUGAAGCUGAAUUCCUUAAAGGGUGCAACAAUUGCCCUCAACGAAUUUCAACUGAGUGGCAAUGCUGCAGCCACUGAAGAAACUUUCCGCGUGAACACUGAAAUAGACAGGAUGAGCAAUGAGGUAGACACGCUUGAGAGUGACUCAAAGGCAAAACAGUAUUCUAUUCUGAAAGCAGAACGACAUGCCGAGGCUUCCUUUGCUGUUUCGAAAUGGCUUUCUGAUGCUAGAAAUCAACACCAAAUGCUGGAAAAAAUAGAUCAUACACCGGUUAAAGAAAGCGGUACCUUAAGUUCAAUCUUUGCUUCUCCUAGUGCGGAAGGGAAUGCUGAUAUUAGUCAGUCGAAGGAUGGAUAUUUAAGUGAAGCAUCAUAUCCGAAGGGUGAUGAGCUUUCAACAUCAAGCUCUGACUUUUCAAACUGCAGAUGGCAACAUGAUUGUGCAUCGAAUGCAACGGGUCAAAGAGUUUCAGGUUCUGGAUCUGAUGCCCAAGAAAUUCAUAACAAGACUACAUCAGCAGCUGUGAUUGCUAAGAAUGGUUCUGUACAUUGUGUUUACUCUGGAGAGGGGAGGCCGUCAGUCGAGAGGCCAUUGACGAUAACGAUGGAGAGAGCAGAAGCAGAUUGCAAAUGCAGUAAACCACUUUCUUCUGAGCAAUAUAUGGGUCUUAUGCAGAGAGUGGAUCCUGUGAGAAGUUUCUUCGAUCGAUUUGAGGCAGUUAAUGCUACCAUGAAAGAAGCUGAUCUCACACUAUGUGAAUUAGUAAAGGCCAAUGAAAAAACAAAACAUGUAACUGGAAUGUGGCGUCAAACCCAUGAAGAGCUAAUGGCUAAGGAGAAAAAUCUGACGGAUGAUCUUGAACAGGUCAAGUCUACACUAUCGGCAACUGAACAAGAAAAUCAAAUCUUGUUAAAUCAAACACAUUCAACUUUGGCGGACAUGGAGAAUUCAGUGUCUUUACUUGAAGAAUAUCUUCUGGAAUUGAAAAGAGGAGUAGGAGAAACAUUAGAGGCUUUAUUUUCCGAUGUUCUUUUAGCUGGGAAGGAGCUACUCCAUUUGAUUUCCAACUCAAGACCGUCAGUUGAACAGAUUGUAUCUGAAAACAUGGAGAGAGAGUUCACCAUGUAUGCAACAUACCAGUGCCACAUUGGGAAACUGAUCGAUCAAAUUUUGGACCAGAGAAAACAGGUUAUCGCUCCCCUCUUUGUAGGGCAAGAAAACCAACAGUCAAUGGAAAUUAAUACCAUUGGAUGCAGUGCUGAAGAUGAAGUCACUGGAAAGCUAGUUAGAGUUCACAGAGCAGAUAUGGUCACAGGUUUAGAAAUUGAAGAAGUUGUUCAGUCACAUGAAAGCCUAUUAUAUGAGAACUUUCAUCUGAAAAAGGAGCUGGAGAGAAAAGAAGCUCUGUUUGAAGGUUUGCUUUUUGAUUUUAGGCUACUCCAGGAAUCAGCAUCAAAUAAAAGAGAUAUCAAAGAUGAAAUGGACGAGCUGUUUGACGCUUUAUGCAAAGUUCAGCACGAGCUGGAGCUGAAAGCAAGUCAAGUUCAUGAUCUUUUUGCUCAUACCGAGAAUCUUGAAAAUUGCUCCAUUGACUUGAAAACAGCUUUGUUUACGUCGAAGUCAGAUCUAAAGCAGGCCAAAGAGAGGAUACAAAUUCUUGUGGAGCAGAAUGAUGAGUACAGGGUCCUUGUUAGAGAUCUCUGUAUGGAAAAGAAUGCAGCUGAAGAGGGAUUGGAAGAACAAAAAGAGCUUGUCAAAACUUUGGAAAACGAACUCCUUCACUUGAGUACUACAGCAGAAAAGCAAUUGCUUUCCGCAGUCAAAUCUAUCGAAGAGAAUUUGAAAAAGACCAGCGAUGAGAAAGAUCAACUUGUUGAGGAAAUAUGUUCGUUGAAUAACAAGCUUGAGUUGGCCAAUGCUGUAGCUGAUGAAAAAGAAGCAAUUGCUGUAGAGGCUCGUCAGGAAUCUGAAGCAAGUAAAAUAUAUGCUGAACAAAAGGAAGAGGAGGUCAAGAUUCUAGAAAUUUCUGUCGAGGAACUUGAGCGUACUGUAAAUAUAUUAGAAAGACGGGUGUAUGAUAUGGAUGAGGAAGUUAAAAGGCAUCGCACCACUCAAGAUUCAUUAGAGACAGAGCUCCAAGCUCUCAGGCAGAGACUGUUUAGAUUUGAAAACCUCACUGGCAAGGUGGUCACAACCAAUGAAGGCACAGAGGAAUAUGAGAGUCAAAUCUCCAGAUCAAAGGAGCUGCAAGGCGCGCAUACUCAGGUACAAGUCCUCCAGAAGGAAGUAGCAGAACAAGCCAAAGAGAUUAAACAGCUAAAAGAGUAUAUCUCCGAAGUUUUACUGCAUUCUGAGGCGCAAGCAUCUGCUUACCAAGAAAAGUAUAAGACCCUGGAGGUCAUGAUUCGAGACUUUAAAUUAGAAGACUCAAGUUCGUCAGCUGCAGGGACCAUACAUAAAACAGAGAAAAGCUCAAUAAGGAGCAGAGGUUCAAGUUCACCCUUUAGAUGUAUAGUUGGGUUGGUUCAACAGAUGAAUUUGGAGAAGGAUCAGGAAUUGACCAUUGCAAGGCUUCGUAUUGAAGAGAUGGAGUCAUUGCUUGCUGCUAAACAGAAAGAGGUUUGCACAUUGAACACGAGAAUAGCCGCAGCUGAUAGCAUGACUCACGAUGUUAUUCGGGAUUUACUUGGUGUGAAAAUGGAUAUAACCAGCUACGCUGAGUUGAUUGACCAGCACCACGUCCAAAAAAUGGUUGAAGAGGCUCAGCAACAUGCUGAACAGAUCCUGUCCAAGGAGCAAGAACUCAUCAACCUGAAGAGACAUCUUGAUGCCCUUGUUAAGGAAAGAGAAAGUUGCAUGUCAGAGUUGAACAAGAAAGACACAGAUGUUCUUGCGACGCAGAUAUUUUUGGACCAACUACAAGAGCGAGUUCAGUUGCUUUCUAUGCAAAACGAAAUGCUGAAGAAUGACAAGAGCAAUUUACUUAGGAGGUUAGCUGAAGUUGAUCGAACAGUCCAUAAUGCACAAGCCAGUAACCAACGCGUUCCACAAACAACAAAGGACACGGUGUCAUUUAAACUUGCUGAUACUGAUUAUACCAAGAGAUUGGAAGACGCUCAGAAACUUCUUUCUCAUUCUAAGAAUGAAUUGGCAAAGUAUCGCAAAACUAGCAACAAUCAUCCAUCUACAAGAACUCAAGGACAAAGUUCUGGUUCAAGAUAUCGGAAAGAGUUUGCAGUCGAUGAUUCGGUGUCAGUCAGGCCGUAA